CUCAAUUCCACCAACAAUGGCUUUCAAUGCACCUUCCCUUUCACUUCUUGUGCUUGUACUAGCACUUUGCAUUUUCAGUUCUUCAAUAGGGAAGGUGCAUUGUGCUGCUGGCACUACCACUGGCAUUACCGUGUGGCCCCAACCACGAAAUUUCUCAUGGUCUUCUCCUCAGCAAGCCACUCUCCUCUCUCCUUCCUUCACCAUCACCACCAACGCCGCCCACCACAUACACCUCGUCGCUGCUGUCAGCCGCUACCUCCGCCUCAUCCACACCGAGCACCACCAUCCUCUUGUUCCUCCCUCCGCUGUCAAUUUCUCCGAUAACACCCCUCCCUUGCCGUCCCUCACCAUCGCCGUCGCCGACCCCGCCGCUCCGCUCCACCAUGGUGUCGAUGAGUCAUAUUCUCUCACAAUUCCUACAACCGGACCCGCCAAUCUCACUGCAGCUACGCCGUGGGGCGCUAUCCGAGGCCUGGAGACGUUCUCGCAGCUCGCAUGGGGAAAUCCGACUAUCGUGGCCGUGGGAGUGUACGUCUGGGACGCGCCGAUCUUCGCUCACAGAGGGGUUUUGCUUGAUACGUCGAGGAAUUACUUUCCGGUGGAGGAUAUUCUGAGGAUGAUUUCGGCCAUGAGUAUGAACAAGAUGAACGUGUUUCACUGGCACAUUACGGAUUCGCAUUCUUUUCCGUUGGUGGUUCCGUCCGAACCAGAUUUGGCCGAUAAGGGGUCGUAUGGCACCGAUAUGCAGUAUUCUCGUGCCGAUGUUCGACGGAUUGUUCAAUUUGGGCUUGAUCAUGGUGUUAGAGUUUUGCCUGAAAUUGACUCACCUGGGCACACAGGAUCUUGGGCAUUGGCAUACCCUGAGAUUGUAACAUGUGCCAACAUGUUCUGGAAUCCGCCAGGAGGUGAUCCACUUGCCGCAGAACCUGGAACAGGACAUUUGAAUCCCUUAAAUCCUAAGACCUAUACUGUGCUUAAGAAUGUCAUAAAAGAUGUUGCCUUGUUAUUCCCUGAACCAUUCUACCACGGUGGUGCCGAUGAGGUCAUCGCAGCUUGCUGGAAAACCGACCCCACAAUUCAAAGCUUCCUAGCUAACAAUGGAACCGUCAACCAAGUUCUGGAGACAUUCAUCAAUUCCACUCUCCCUUAUAUCUUAUCCCUCAACCGAACUGUGGUCUAUUGGGAAGAUGUGUUCCUAUCCGACCAAGUUCAUGUUCCAUCCACAGUCCUUCCUAAAGAAAACGUGAUUCUACAGACAUGGAACAAUGGACGCAACAACACGAAACGGCUUGUUUCUUCUGGAUAUAGAACCAUUGUUUCGUCUGCAGAAUUCUACUAUCUGGACUGUGGUCAUGGGGAGUUUGUUGGGAAUGAUUCCCAGUAUGAUAUUCAAAGUGGAAACCAAGGGAAUGGAGGGUCUUGGUGUGGACCUUUCAAGACAUGGCAACUUAUCUAUAACUAUGAUAUCACGUAUGGGUUGAGUGAAGAUGAGGCAAAGCUGGUUCUUGGUGGGGAAGUGGCAUUGUGGUCUGAGCAAGCAGAUCAAACUGUGUUGGAUUCAAGACUUUGGCCAAGAACAUCAGCGAUGGCGGAGUCACUGUGGUCUGGUAACAGAGAUGAGAAGGGCGUGAAGAGAUAUGCAGAGGCCACAGAUAGAUUGAAUGAGUGGAGAAGCAGAAUGGUAAGCAGAGGCAUAGGAGCUGAGCCCAUUCAGCCACUAUGGUGUGUUAGGAAUCCUGGUAUGUGUAACUAUGUAUAAAAAACUGAUAAACACUCACCGAAAUAGGUGUCACUAUUAUUCACUGAUUCAAACACUUGAUGAUACUUUAUUGCUUCCUUGCCCAGCCCAUGCUAAUUCAUUCUUCUAUGAGAAUGAUUGAUGUUGUCAGUCAGUUGUAAUUGUAAAUGUUUUGAUUUUGAAUGUGAUUAAGGGCCAUUUGUUUAA